CAUAUUCAUCUAUAAAAAGGAACCACCAUUCACUUCUAUUAUGCACACUCACAAAUCACAAUGGCUUCUUUUACUACUAUUUUCACCAUUCUCACAAUAGCCCUUCUCUCAUUUUCCUGCUCAUCACAAUUCAUCUCACCAAUUCAAAAAGAUCCAUUAACCAAACUUUUCUACACUUCACUUAGCAUAGGAACACCUCAACACAAUUUCAAUCUAGUCAUUGAUCUUGGAGGACCAAUCUUAUGGUAUGAUUGCAACAAAACCUACAACUCAUCAACCUACACUCCCCUCUCUUGUGACUCCAAACUCUGUCCUAAUGAUGCUGGAUGCACUAGCUGUGAAGGCCCUUUCAAACCAGGUUGCACAAACAAUACAUGUGGUGCUAACAUAAUCAAUACAUUAGCAAAUUCUAUAUUUUCAGGUGACACCGGCAAUGAUGUUAUGUUCAUAUCACAUUCAAAAAUCUCAGGCCUAUUUUCUGGAUGCACUAAUUUAGAUGCAUUUUCUGAUAAUGAACCUCUUAAAGGCUUACCAAAAACUAGUAAAGGUAUAUUAGGCCUAGCAAGAACACAACUUUCAUUACCAAAACAACUUUCAUUAUCUUCUCAUAAACUUCCUCAAAAAUUUGCACUUUGUUUACCAUCUUCAAAUAAGAAAGGACUUGGUAGUCUUUUCUUUGGUGGGGUACCCCAAAAAAGUUCUUUUUCAAAGUUUCAACUCACUACUAUUCCUCUUAUUAUCAAUCCCUUUAGCACUGCUCCAAUAUUUACUUUAGGUGAAGCUUCUUAUGAGUAUUUCAUAGAUGUGAAAUCAAUUAAAGUUAAUGGUGAAGUACUUAACUUUAAGUCUUCACUUUUAUCCAUUGACAAUAAGGGAAAUGGUGGAACAAAAAUUAGCACCAUGCAUUCCUUCACAUUGUUGCAUAGUUCAAUUUAUAAGCCCCUUGUUAGAAAAUUUGUGAAGAAGGCUUCUGAUAGAAAAAUAAAGAAAGUGGCCUCAGUGGCACCAUUUAAAGCAUGUUUUGAUUUAAGCACUAUUGGUAGGACUAAUACUGGAUUAGAUGUGCCUACUAUUGAUUUGGUGCUACAAGGGGGUGUGGAAUGGAAAAUUUAUGGUGGAAAUUCAAUGGUGUUGGUGAAUAAAAAGGUAGCAUGUUUUGGAUUUGUGGAUGGUGGUAAAGAGACAAGAACAUCAAUUGUUAUUGGUGGACAUAUAUUGGAGGAUAAUCUAUUGGAGUUUGAUUUGGUUUCUUCUAAAUUAGGAUUUAGUUCUUCCCUUCUACUUCAUAAUGCAAGAUGUUCCAACAUAUUAUAACCUAAUUUCUUUCAUAUUUCAA